AUGACGCCGGUCCACCGCCCGCCGCGGCAGACCGACUUCGCCCGCUUCGCGGCCUCCACCCCCAUCGUCAUCGACAACGGCGCCUCCACCUUCCGCAUCGGGUGGGCCGGCGAGGCGGAGCCGCGCCUCGCGUUCCGGAACGUCGUGCAGAGGCCCCGCCACCGCAGCUCCGGUGAAACUGUGACAGUGGUUGGAGACGCUGAUCCAGCUCUAAUGAAGUAUUUUGACUGCACACGGACAUCGAUUCGCUCGCCGUUUGAUGAUGAUGUUGUCUUUCAGUUCGAGUACAUGGAAUAUAUUCUCGAUUAUGGUUUUGAUCGUUUGGGUGCCACUUCAGAGGUGGACCAUCCUAUUCUUAUGACAGAGUGUGAGUGCAAUCCAUCCUUUUCUCGAGCACGGAUGUCAGAACUUCUUUUCGAGACAUAUGGUGUUCCAUCUGUUGCUUUUGGUAUCGAUGAUGCUUUUAGUUACAAGUACAAUCAGAAGCUUGGAAACUGUGGAGAAGAUGGGUUGGCUAUUUCGUGUGAAUUUGGAACAUGCCAUGUUGUUCCAUUCUUAAAAGGUCAGCCUGUGUUGGGGGCAUGCUGCCGAACAAAUGUUGGUGGAUCUCACAUUACUGAUUUCCUGAGGCAGCUUCUCUCUCUUAAAUAUCCCUAUCAUGCGGCAAGCGUUUCAUGGGAUAAGGCUGAAGAGCUGAAGAAGGAACAUUGUUAUGUAGCUCAUGAUUAUAUGUCAGAGUUGCAGAUAUUCAAAAACAACAAGGAAGAAGCUGAAGAGAAGACUAGGUAUUGGCAGCUACCAUGGGUACCCCCACCCAAAGAUGAACCGCCAUCUGAGGAAGAACUUGCCAGGAAAGCAGCUAUUAAGGAAAAGUCUGGUCAACGUUUGCGAGACAUGGCUGCUGCAAAGAGGUCUCAGAAGAUAGAGGGUCUGGAAAAAAAACUUUCUGAACUGGAGGAUAUAAUGGAACAACUUGAUGAUUCUGAUGAAAUUGAAGAAACGGCUAUUCUGUCUAGAACUGGGUAUCUUUCCCAGCAGGAAGUCAAGUCUAAUAUUCUGAAAGUAACACAGUCCCUAAGAAAAGCGAAGGGGGAGUCCAAUGGCAACGAGGAGAACGCAGAUGCUUCAGGAGCUGAUAAGUACCCACUUGUAUCUGUCCCUGAUGAGAUGCUGACACCAGAGCAGUUAAAGGAAAAGAAGAAACAGAUACUGCUUAAAACCACAACAGAGGGCCGGAUACGUGCCAAGCAGAGGCGUGCUGAGGAGGCAGCAUUGAGGGAGAAGCAAGAAGAAGAGAGGCGAACGGAGAACCCAGAGUUAUACUUCGACGAGCUCCGUGCCCGAUACUUGGAACUUUCCGAGAAAGUCGACCAGAGGAAGCGACAGAAGGUUAAUGGCAACAACAACAAUUCAUCUGGUGCUGUAGGCCGCGGCGAGCGUCUAAAUGCGGCCCAGAAAGAAAGAAUGCGGCUGCUCACCACCGCUGCAUUUGACAGAGGGAAAGGCGAGGACACUUUUGGAAUGAGAGACGAAGAUUGGUUGGUCUACAAUAAGAUGAGCAAAGAGAAUGAGGAAGACAAUGAUGGGGACGACGACGAAUCAGAACUCGCUCGAAUCGCAUCGAAGAUCCAGGAGGUGGAUCCUACAUUCGUGAACCAGCAUGAAGCAGCCGAACCUGCUGCAGACCCUCACAAAGUUCGGCCCCUCACGGCGGAAGACUUCAAGAUUGCCAUUGGCACCGAGCGGUUCCGCUGCCCUGAGGUGCUGUUCCAGCCAGGCAUGAUCGGGGUCGACCAGGCAGGUAUCGAUGAGAUGGUCAGCAUCUCCCUGAGGAGGCUGGCGGAGGACGAGUCUGUGAAGGAGCGCCUCUGCCAGUCCAUCCUCGUCACGGGCGGCAGCUCCCUGUUCCCCGGCAUGAUCCCUCGGCUCGAGGCGGGGAUCCGGCAGUUCCGGCCCUACCUCGCCCCGCUGAAGCUCGUCAGGGCCUCCGACCCCAUCCUGGACGCGUGGCGCGGCGCCGCCGCCUUUGCGGCCUCCCGCGAGUUCACGAGGCAGACGUUCACGUUGGAGGAUUACAGAGAGCACGGCGAGAACCUGUUCCAUCGGUACAAUAUUGUUUACACGUUGUAGCAGAGUUGUGUCUGCUGUGAUGUGCUAACGUAGAGACAGUAGACGCCUCUUGGUCGUGAACAGAUGUUCGCUGUGGAAUUGCUAUGAUUCAGGUACCAGUUUGAUUGACGGUUCUUCUACGAACCUGAUCGUUGCGUUAUACUCCGUACUAGUUAUUAUAUGGUCAGUUGUGUACACUUU